UUUUUCAUCGAGGGCCACUCAUAUCUAAUUUAGGAGGAAAAUAUGUUUUGAAAAUAAUGGAGUAAUUCUAAUGUAAAAUAUUGAUGAUGUUUUCAAAGGUUAAGGGACAGGUCAUCUUACAGAGAUGAAAAUAGAUGCUUUUCAUAAAUUCAACUUAUGAAUUGCACUAAACUUACUUAGAUGUUCUUUAUUACAAUCCAUGACCAUCACGAUCUUUUUUUCAUCCUGUGAUAGCUAUAUAAAAUGAUGAAAAUGAGCCUCGAUGUUUGAUUGAAUGCUGAACUGUUUCUAAGAUCUGUCGAGCUUUAUCUGACAUCUAUUUUUACCCUAGAUCUAUUAGCAAUAUUUCAAGACAAAUGACAAAACAUACGUGAUGUAUUUAUCAUUUAAAAUCGAGGCCAGAGAUUAUCACGACUAUUUCAAAGAUGAAGGAACUGAAAUUAUUCUUCGUGGUUGUUGCAGUUAUGUUUUGUUGUAGUUCCGCUGUAAUUUCAGGUACGAAGGACCAUGGUAAACAUAAAAUUUUAUCAUUAGUAGUAUCACUCCACGUUGCAAAAGAUAGUCAAUGUUCGAACAAGCUUAAUUUCAAAUCUAUCGUUGAAACACAAGCGUUGAUCUACGCUGUUGAAAAAGUUAACAAUGACUCCAAUUUUCAAUUCUCUCUUGGAUAUGAAAUCAAAGAUAUUUGCAAGAAGAAUAUAAGAGACCUGUCGGAUAUUUUCAACAGAACUUUAAAACCUUUUGCAUUUCUGAUUGAUUUACCAAUCCAAUUAUCCAAAAUAGUUGUUUUUGAAUCCAAAGCUAUCCCAGUUUUUACUUUGAAUCAACAAAAGUCCCAUAAAGAUCUGUUUAUCUUGGAGACCAACGGAACCAGACUUGGGAAGGUCGUUAAAAAUUUACUUUUAGCUCUGAAUUGGAUUGUGUUUGACAGUCUUGUUUUGGACAAAGCUAGCUAUAAACUGUUUAAGGACGCUAUAAAUGGAUCAAAACUCUGCGAAAAUUUUGUCUUCCAACGCAAUUUAUCUCUUCGACCGAAAAGAUUAACGAAUGACUCUUUUCCUCUUGUUGUGUUUUCUAAAUCUUUGGAAACAUUGAGAAGUCUUCCUGUUGCACUAAAAGGACGACAAUUUGUUAUUGCAAGCGAACGUAUGUCAUUGGACGUACAGUUCUCGAAUUCUCUGCUUGUCAGACAACGCAUUCAAAAUGUACCUCAAUUCAAAACAUUUUUUCAAAGGAAUGUCUUUAAUAACUCAAGUUGGUUAAAUAAGUUCAUACGAGGAUCUGCGCGGUAUAAAGAUUGUAGGUCUGGUAACGAGUCGUGUUUGUCGGAAGUAUUCGGUCAACUCACGAAGGAACUUUAUCACGCUGGGAAGGUAAUAGAUGCUGUAUAUACAAUUGCGCAUGCUUUAAAAAACGAGCCGAAGAGACGGUUAACCGACGAUAACAUUGUAAGCACUCCAAAGUUUAGAAGUCCAACUGGAAGACUAAUGAAGUUUUCAAGGAAUAGAUAUCUACAAGAUGAAGAUUAUGGUGUUUAUAAUCUGGACAGUCAUUCAGCAAUGAUGAUUGGCAAUAUUCAAACCUCUCCUGUUAAAACUGUCACACAACUUUCCAUAAAUGACUUGAAGACGUGGAAAAGAGAUAAUAACAGUUGUUUAGUAAACUGUCCAAUAGGACUAGUACCAGUAAAUAACUCGAACAAAUGUUGCAUCGAGUGUGAAAACGAAAAUUCGACCGUAUGUUUAAAGGGUUAUAGGUUGAACAAGGACAGUGGGAAAUGUGUGGAAGUGAAGGUGGAUUAUUUAAAAUGGAAGCAUCCUGCCAGUGUCAUCGUUUUCGUGCUGGUGAUUCUCUUGUUUUGUGCCUUGGUGUAUCUUGUUAAUAUAUAUCACAAGAAAUCUCAAAUUCCUACAAUUUCCAUGUCUAAACUCGCCGUAAUGCCAUUACUUUUAUCUCUUUUUACAACACUAAUUUACCCUCUCUUUCCCAUAAUUAAACCAAGCAUUACCUCCUGCAAUGCUUAUGUUUUUGUCUAUUAUCAAGCCUUCGGUAUCCCCAUGUGUAUCCUGUUAUCUCGAUGUCAUUCCUCCUUCAGGAGAUUUAGGCGAGAAGAUGGGACCUUAAGAAUAAAGUUUCUUCGCUUAAAUCCUCAAAAUGUAAUCGCCAUUUUCCUCAUCUUGUUCCAGAUUAUCCUGUCAAUUAUCUUUAUUGUUGUUUGUUCUGCGCAUGUCGUGAACUUUAAGACCGCCGACCCUUACGUUGACUAUAUUGAAUGCUCAACUUUCUCUGGUGGUGAAUUUCUUUUUCCAUUCUUCUACAUCAUUAUUCUAUCGAUUCUCUUUACUGCCACGAAUUUUGGAGCUUUGACAAACCAGGAAGAUGCUUAUGAGUCUCAUUUCACGGCUAUUUUCUUCUUUAUGUUUUAUUUUAUUUCAUUUCUUAACAUUAUUGUCAUUUACAGCGUCGAAGGUAAAGUUAAAAUCGUGUCGGUCUGUCUGUUUGGAAUAUUUCAUCUUUUGAAUUUCAUCAUUUUUCUCUUUUUACCUAAAGCAUAUGUCAUUGUGUUGAAACGAAAUUUGUCUAGUUUCAGUCCAUUUCCGCUUAACUCUGACCCACACGUAUUUUUUCUUGAGUUUUCUGAAAAUCCAGAAAUGGAGGUUAAAAAUAUUGAAGAGAAGAAAGAUUAAAUAGUGAAUGUAAAAUAUUGUCUGAGUAUUUGAUCUUUUUUACAGACAUAAUUAUGAAAUAAAACAUGAGACAGAAAUACUUUUUUAAAUAACUCAAGUAACAACAAUAAAAUAUCAAAAAUUAUUUUGUCAGAUUUGAAGAUAACAUGUAAGGACAUAGCUAUUACAUUGCAAUAUAUUAUCUAUCAUCCUCAAA